AUGAGAUAUCACAUCGCUGCCACAGGGAUAUCCGUGGUCUACGAGCCCGAGCAUGGGUCGCCAGUCGCCGACAUCGUCCUCGUGCAUGGCCUGCACGGACAUCCGUACAGAUCAUGGACCAGCGCCGAACCACGCGUGCCAGACUCAGAGUCGUCAUCGCUGCUCCUGCCCGAGGCCUCGCUUGACAUCAACGACCGCGGGCGAGAGGCCCUGCAGCGGAUGUUCUCUGGGCUGAGCAGGACAUACUCGAAGCGGUCCUCCUCGGCACCCCUGAGGUCCGGGAGUCAUCUGUCUCUCGACAGAGCGCCUGAAACGAUCGAUAGUAGCCCGGCCUGUGUGUUCUGGCCCGCCGACCUACUGCCUCGGGAAUGUCGGGACUCUCGAGUUCUCGUGUUUGGCUACGACUCGGAGAUCACGAAAUACACGGCUGGCCAGUCUAACAGAAAUUCACUUGUCUCACACAGCAGGGAGCUGUUGUACUCUCUCUGUAGAGAGCGAUGUGUCGAUCGCCCCUUGAUUUUCGUUGCGCACAGUCUCGGUGGGAUUGUUGUGAAAGAGAUGCUGGCAAGGUCGUCAGAAUCUACGGAAAAGGACCUCAACAACGUCGUCGAAUCUACAGCUUCAGUCGUCUUCUUGGGCACGCCACAUCGCGGAAGCCCAGAGCUUGCAUCCCUCGGCGAGUUUACCCUUGAUGCCCUCGGGCUGAAGACCGGCUAUCUUGAGCGCGCCAGGGAAAGCUUCUCGAGAUUAUGGUAUAAGCACGACUUCCGCGUCAAGACUUUUCAGGAAGGCCUGGAUUUUGCGGGCAUCAGAAUAGGCACUCCUGGGAAUAAGGUGGUGCCAGACGUCUCUUCGCUGAUUGGGGACCCUCGUGAGCGUGCCGAGACGCUCCAGGCGAACCACGAGGAGAUGUGCCGGUUCACUGGGAAUAAUGAUCCCAGCUACCGCAAAGUUGUUGCGGAAAUUCGGUCGGUCUAUGCCUCACUGAAGCGUCUCAACACGCAAAAUGUCCAUCGAAGAGGUUGUAUACAACGCAACGCCAGUCUCCCUCUAGCCUACAGCACCGGCUCGAAAUUCGAGCAGUUCAGAGGAGACCAAGCCGAUCAGAACAUCGGCGAUGAGAGGUUGAGCCUUCAGAGUUUGUGGUAUCCGAACAUGUACAUGCACAGGCAGAACAUUGAAUAUCCCAGCGAAGGAUCCUGCUCCUGGCUUUUCAAACACAAAACUUAUCAAGACUGGUUCCACAACGAGAAUCGCUAUAAACACGAGGGGCUACUCUGGCUGAAAGGGAAUCCCGGGACCGGCAAGUCGGUGUUGAUGAAAGAGGCGUUCCGUCGAUCGAUCGUCGCUCAGACUCAUCUCAACCACUCGACUGCCGCAUUCUUCUUCAACGCGAAAGGCAGCGAAAUGGAGCAUUCCCCCCAGGGCCUUUUCAGAUCCUUAAUACAUCAGCUUGCGCAAGAGAAUAGACAUCUGCUGCUCGAUUUUGCCAAACUGUGGAGGCAAAAGCUUCGCCACAUGGAGGAUACUGCGGCAAGCACUGUGAGGUGGACCGAACAUGAACUGCGGUUCUUCCUCCAGAACAAUACAGCGAGGCGUCGUCAGUCUCAGCGUCGAAUCAUCAUCUUCAUCGACGCCCUGGAUGAGUGCGACCAGGAAAAAGUGCGCCUCCAAGCCUACUUUUGGCGACAGCUGACGCAUUCGACUCCACAUCUGAGCGUCUGUUUUUCCAGCAGACACUUCCCGUCUAUUGCGGUCAUCAACUGUCCACAGAUAACUGCCGAAACCCACAACGCACUCGAUAUUUCCGCCUAUAUAGAGCGUAGGUUCAAGCUUGGCGGCAUUGCAAGACCGAAAAACCGGAAGCUGUUGAGAAAGGCAAUCAUGGAUAAAGCCAACGGGGUGUUUCUCUGGGUUAUCCUCGUGGUUGACGAGGUACUGACCAACUGGGACGACGGAAAAAACACUCAUUACCUGUUGGAGCAGGUUAAUGCCGUCCCUCGUUCUCUCCAGGCCUUUUAUUCACGGAUGCUCGAGUCACUGAGUCCAGCAGAGAAGCAGGUGACCCUGCGACUGUUCCAGUGGGCCACCCUCGCAACUAAACCUCUUUGUCUCGACGAAUGGCGCCAGAUAUUAGCAAUCACCAGAACACCAUGGCCGCAGUCCCUGCCAGAGUGGCGCAAGUCGGACUACUUCAUCUGUGACGUCGAACAAUUAGAGAGCCGAAUCAAAAGUAUAUCGAAAGGUUUACUCGAAGUGACCAAAGCUGGAAGCAACGCUUUUGAUACUGUUUCCAUCCACGCUAGGGCGGGAUCCUUGGAUCUAGAGCAGGAAGAGACCCGAACCGUCCAGGUGAUACACGAAUCCGUCCGCCAGGUCUUUUUGUAUGGAGACGGUUUCAUGAACUUGGAUCCGAGCGUCGGGCCUAGUUCCGUUGGCAACGGCCAUCUAUCCAUCAUGUCCAGCUGCCUCGACUAUAUAGAGAUGAGUGAGCUGGAUGCCCUCGUGGAUGGACACAAGUUGUCCGAUCAAAACGGGACUCGGAAAAGGGAAGGUAUGCUGCUUGCUACCUAUUCGGACACCGGAGACAGUUAUUCUUCGUGGCCCUCUACGCAGCCAGAUACCCCUUACUCGCUCCUCGCUAUAGACAUGAGUCAAUCUUUGAAGUUACAGAGCAGGGAACAUUUGCCGGCCCAAACGGAGGCUCAUCCAAUCGAGGACCCGCUACGAGGCUUCGGGGUUGAGGACGCGGAGCACAGGCCCAUCUACCUAUCUGCAGAUGAACAACCUGUUGAAUCUUUUAGCAUCAGUGCGAAGUGGCUCGCGAUAACACAAUGCUCCUCGGUCGAUGGAUCAACUGAGUUAUCCUAUUCACAGUCUUCAGUCCCUUUAACCUGUGGGAAUAUCAAAGACUAUCCGGCACUCCUCUCAUAUGCGACGCAGGAACUCUUCAACCACGCCCGGUUGGCAGAGUCGGACCUCGCAGAUCCAAGCGCCCUAAUCAAGCGCUUGAUAAGUGACGGGGCGUGGAGCCGCUGGGCAGCGCUGCGGGACGAUAUCCCCGCAGAAACUUCUCUGUCAACGUUUGUCCGGGAGAUCAGGCUUCAUUCGUGGAUUCAGGAGGCCCGCGAGCUGGAGAGCCACGAACUUGAGAAGAGGCUAGGAAGACAUAGAGCCGCCGAGCCGUGGCAAGAAGCCAAGGCCGCCUGCCUCAAGGUCCUCAGAGUCGUAUAUGAUAAGCAAUGGUUCAGCCUACACAGCAAAUGA